CUGUCAUUUGGGACGCAAUCAAGGAGUGUCUCAGGCUUAGAGCAUCAGUUUGUCGUUAGCUUACCAAGCCUCACAGUACAGCGAAAGACGGUUGGGUUCUGUCUUCAAAUGCAGAGAACUGAGCAGAGCAUGUCAGAGCUAGAGAGUGCCAUGAUCGCCAUCAUCCAUGUGUUCCAUAAAUACUCAGGCCACAAGUGCAAGCUGAAGAAGGCAGAGCUCAAAGAUCUUAUCAAUAAUGAGAUGAGUCACUUCAUAAUUAAUAUCCAAGAUAAAGAGACUCUGGAUGAGCUGUUUGCAGACCUGGACCAGAACGGAGACCUGGAGAUCGACUUCCAAGAGUUUAUCGCUCUGAUCGCCAUGAUGACUUCAACGUGCCAUGAUCUCUUCAGCACGGAUCACUGCCGUUAG